AUGGAUGCGCAGAAUGCUGCUGAGCCCGCCUCCACGAAGCUUGCUGCUUCUCCCAAGCGGCCGGGCAGCGACACCGAUCAUCCCAGGGCUCCCACCGUGACCAAGACGUCCCACCCCGCCAAACCCGAACUAUCCCUCAAGGACAACAGACUGAGUGCUUCGGGACGUCGUCCAAGCGAUGAAGAUGGCGGGGCCGAUGGCAACUCUGAUGCCGAGACGAUAGUGCUGCCGGGCAAAGACGGCCAUUCGCCGUCGAAAGUGCGCAGGAUCAUCAAGCAUGAGAAGAACGACACGGAAGACGGCCCAUCAUUGGCGUCAAGCCGUAAGCAUUCUAAUUUGAAGCUGGACCGAGAGGGUGACAGGGCCGAAAAGGGUGACAAAAUCGACCGUGCCGAGAAGGUGGAGAGAUCGGUGUCGGUUACCGGGACUGCGCCGAAUGAAAACAUUGCAUUGCUCGCCAGCAAGAAGAAGAAGCAUUCGGAUAAGACCAAGAGCAAGGACGGGUCCAAUGACCUCAGCUCUGCACCCGGAUCUCCACCUCAGCCCCAGCGUCGCCGCCGCUCGUCGAAUGACCCAAAAUCGGAUCCCGACACCGCGCCUGCGGAAUCGGUCAAAGCCAUGGUCAAGGACAAGCUCAAGUCACCCGACAAGGUGGUGCCUCACAAACGGAAGGCGCCCAGGCCCGACUCUGACGACGAAGCGGAGAAUCGGAAGAUCCGCCGACAGCGCACCUCUGGUUCUGGCCUCGACGCGUCUCGGAAACCACACCCUCCUCCUAAACCCCAUCAUCACGAGGCGCAGUCUUCAACGCGCACUCGGUCGAUUUCUCCACACUCUCGAGCCCAUCGUCGAAGCAUCUCGACGCAGCUCCCAGCUCACUCUUCUAAUAACGGGCUCGGCCAAAAGAAGAAGCGGAUACCAGCUCCGCUCCAGUCGGCCGACUAUCACUCUGACGAGUCGUCAGCCAGCAACAGCCCACAUCCGCGCAGCUCCAAGAUACGUGGCUUGGCAACUCCCGCUCAUGCCGAGUCUACCGUCUCUCCUGCCAAGAUGGCUCCGCACAAGAAGCACCUGGAUGCGCACGGUCAAACCUUCCUUGCCAGGGCUUGCGCCAAGGGCGAGUACCAAAUAGCGAAGCAGCGGUUACAGGAACGUCCGGAGGACAUCAAUGUGGCCGAUUAUGCCGGCAACACGCCGCUCCAGAUCGCCGCACUUAAUGGCUACGAUGAUAUUGUCCGGCUUCUUGUGGAUGCUGGGUGUAAUCUCGACUGCGUCAACAACGACAAAGACACGCCUUUGUUAGAUGCCGUAGAGAACGGUCAUCUAGACGUGGUCAAAAUUCUGCUCGAUGCUGGCGUGAAUCCUCGCAAGGCCAACGCGUACGGGCAAGAGCCGAUCGACAGGGUGAAUGAUGAACUCGACUAUGCGGACGAGAUUAGACGAGCCCUGCAGGAGGCCAAGCAGAAAAUGGGCGAGCGACGACGAACCUCUGAGGAACAUCAUCCGGAUCCGGCGGAUACCCGUUCCUCGCAUGGGCCCGACAGCCCCCGGAGAUCGCCAGGAGCAUCGAGCUCCAUCCACGCGGGUGGCGGUCGAAGGGCUGGGACGGUCCGUGCAACGAAAACCAGCAAUCAUCUGCUGUACAUGCCCAUGGAUGACAAGACUCUGCGUGCGGCGGCUGCCCGUGGUGACGAGGAGACUGUUACGCGCAUUCUUCAAGUCAGAGAGAACUUUGACGACCCCGAGUCUAUGGUUGCGGCCGCCAGAGGAGGCCACGACAUCGUCAUGCAGCUCUUGUUGGCCUUAGGAAGGGCCAAUCCAGAUCCUCCGCCUAUCCCAAACCCGAACAGCGAGUACACGACUCCCAUGUUGGCUGCAAUUGGUCAGGAAAACAUCAAGGUCGUCAGGCUUCUUCUUGAUCAGACCGAUUUCGAUCCCACGCGACGUAUCAAGGGGGAAACAUACUACGAGAUCGCGAGGAGACGACGGGGUCCGAACUGGAUGGAGGAAGAGCACAUGUUGAAGGAUGCUUUUGACGAGUAUAAGAAGACGCACAAGGAGACUUCCAAAACCCGGUCUCCCGGCCGCCGAGAGCAGGACCGCGAACCGAAACGCAGGAUCGAUGUCAGGAGGGAGGAGAGUGUGAAAGGCCACAAGAGGAGGGCAUUGAGCCCGCUGGGAGAGCCUAGAAACCGCAUUACCAAUAUAUCCACGAGUCCCAAGGAGAGGCGGCGCGCGAGCUCAAUCGCCACCCAUCAAGAUGACCAAACUUCACCAAAACGGGGCCCCGGACGGCCGAAGAAAGAGGACCGUAUUCCGACAAUUGCAAUUUCCGACCGCGAGGCCUCACCGGUUGGGAAGCCUACGACCAAGGUGAAGCGCGCAGAGUCGGAUCUUACAGGAAUAUCUUCUGAAGGGGAGACGGUCAAACCGAGACGGAAGAAGUUGGUGUCCGGCCGGGAGCUCAAGGGCGAGCGAGAGAGGGAGCGGGAGAGGCAGCGGCGCCCCAGCCUGACGUCGAAUGCUUCUUCGUUAAAGGAACCAUCCAGCCCUCGCGAAGAAUUCGAGAAGAGGCAAAAGAUCGAAAAGUACCAUGACAGGGCAAGGAUCCUAAAAAGAGAUGAAUCCCGCGAUAGACUCUCCGUCUCGGGCGAGAGCACCGGCAAGCGAUACAGAUCGAGUGCAACGCCUCCGCACCUGGGACUGACAGAAAAGGAUGAUGUCGAUGUCUCAGCCAAGAGGCGACGCCUGGAUACCCACGCUAAGGAUAAGCGACCAAAGUCUAGUCAGUCCGACGAUAGAUUCCUCAAAGCAUCCUUACCUCGAGACCCCUCCUCCGGCUCAGCCGCUGGCCAACGACCCCUGUCCAAGUCGCGAGAUGAAGAAGAUCGAAGGCUCACUUCGAAGCCCGCGAAGGCAGGUACCCUUCUUCAUCAGGGGCGUCGGGAAUCUGGGAAGUCUGUUUCCUCCGACGGCAGUAUUCAUGUUAAAUCAGAGGACCUGGAUGUCGAGAUGUCUAACGCCGUCGCGCCCGUGGACAAUAGCCUAGAUACCCUGCCUCGCGAUUGCCAAGAACAAAGUGGGAAAGAAGAUGUUAUAAAGGUACCUGCGCUGCAUCAUAACAAAGUGGAAGAGGAAAAGCGUAUACAGUCAGAAUCUGAAGCACGGGCCCGGGAGGCAAGGAGAAGGGAUCAAGAGAAGCAGCGUCGGGAUGAUGAAGAGAAGGAGAAGGAACGGCUCCGGCGUGAAGAGGAAGCCAAGAGAGUUGCUGAGGCAGAAGCUCGGCGACGUGAAGCAGAGGAGCAGCGGCAGAAGGAGGAGGAAGAGCGGAAGCGGAAGGAGGAAGAGGCGCGAAGGAGACGGGAGGAACAAGAGCGUCAGCAGCGAGAGGAGGAGGAGGAGCGACGACGAUUGCAGGACGAGGAGAGAAAGAGGCUUGAGGAAGAGGAAAAGAGGCUUGAGGAAGAGGAGAGGAGGAGACAGGAGGAAGCGCGAAGGCAGAAGGAGGAAGAAGAGCGCAAGAGGCGAGAAGAGGAAGAGCGGCUGCGUCGGGAGCAGCUCGAGCGCGAAGCAGCUGAGGAGGCUCGACGUAAACGUGACGAGGAGGAGAAGAAAGAACAAGAGCGCAAGGAGCGCGCUCUCCGGGAGGAAAUGGACCGCAGACGAGCCGCGCGGGAGGCCGAACGACAGCGCAUCCAUCUUGAGCAGGAGCGUGCCCGUCUGGCCAGGUUGCCGCCUGUCCUGCGUUGGCUUGAUGGCGCCGAUAAUCCGAAGCUGCCCGAGGUUGCCGAGAAGUUCAGCAUCAUGCAGGGGGUCAGAUAUGAUUGCAUCAAUCCGGCAGCAAACGGUACCCGCGACGGCAGGGAACAGUGGCUGCUCAACACGCAGGUUGCGCUUCUCCUUGGAGAGAAAGAUCUUCAACUCUCGCGAUAUACGGCCUGGACUCGGAUACCUGUGUCGCCCAUCGCGAAGCGUGUCAUUUGGCGGCUUGAGUCUGACCGCUACGCGCUGACAACGCCCCGGCUUUUUGAGCUCGGCAGCCAGCUUCCCGACUACUAUCGAGGGAACGACCCCGCCCGGAUGGGUUAUCGGAUGCUCGAGGGGCUUAGAGCAGAGGCGUGGGAGAAGUUUUCUGCUAUGGAUAUGUUCUUUGUCAAAGCGUCCGAUUUCUUAUACAUCAUCCCUACGAUACAGCACCUUCGCAACGUCAAACUCACGAUCGCUUAUUGCGAAAUACCUGACGACGAGACGCAGUACGUAAGUUGGACGCCUCACAAGAAGUGGAGGGAUGACCCGGAGACGAACGGCUUCCACGGGUUUGCGCCAAGCAACAAGCAUUACAUCAACGGCGAACUCGUCUCUGAAGACAAGCCAAGACUGAGAGAGGCGAGCACAUCGCCUUUCCCGACACAACGAAUUUCCCGCCGCGGCCUUGUUGCGACAUUCCGUGAUGACCCAGCCUAUCGCGGGCUCUCUAGGGAGCGAGGCGCCGACAACUCCGUAGUUGACGGAGAUUCGUCUCUCUUACCAAACGGAGUGCACUCGUCCCCGACGAGUGGGUCGCCGCAUGCGCUGACAGCGUCUGUCGACGGCCUGAGAUCGCCGACAUUGAAUACGACUCAGCCAGCUUUCGUGACGGCGGCGGUCAGAGCGGUAACCGACGGGGCCGGGAACCAACCGAUCUCUCCGUCUUCUGAGGCCGGACCUGGGCAGGCUCGGCCCCUGGUUAAUGGCCUCCAUGGCACGCUGAACAGCGCCGAAUAA